CGCUUCAUCCUUGCCUUCACGAACGUCGAGCACGUAACAAGAGUCCCAGUACCACUUGCCGAACACUUUUCACAAGAUACAACAUGGCUGAAGGUAGCAACUACGAUUUCCUCUUCAAGGUCGUAUUGAUUGGCGACUCUGGUGUCGGAAAAUCAAAUUUGCUCUCGCGUUUCACUCGCAACGAGUUCCACGUCGACUCAAAGUCGACAAUCGGUGUUGAAUUUGCGACUCGCUCCAUCAACGUAGACGGAAAGACAGUCAAGGCUCAGAUAUGGGAUACUGCUGGCCAGGAACGUUACCGCGCCAUCACUUCAGCAUACUAUCGCGGUGCAGUAGGCGCUUUGCUUGUCUAUGAUAUUGCCAAACAUGCGACGUAUGACAGCGUGACACGGUGGUUGAAGGAGCUCCGCGAUCAUGCAGAUUCGAACAUUGUGAUCAUGCUUGUUGGUAACAAGAGUGAUUUGAAGCAUUUGAGGGCAGUUCCUACUGAAGAGGCCAAGGCAUUCUCAACGGAAAACGAGCUAUCAUUCAUCGAGACAUCGGCGCUGGACGCCUCGAAUGUUGACUCGGCUUUUCAAACGAUCCUUACAGGCAUAUACCGCAUUGUUUCUAGCAAAUCGCUGGAGCAAUCAGCUGACCCUAUUCGAGCACCAACAAGUGACACGAUCCCUGUUGCAAUAGACUCGUCUGCUCCCAGUCAGAGCAAGUGCUGCUAAAUCUACUGUGAGCUGUAGAUGGGUUGUCGCUUCUUUGUAUGGCAUGUUUGUAAUGAUGGUUGGAAUGCGGCUGUUUUCGUUGUGUACAGGUACUGUUUGUCUUCAUUCUAAUAGU